AUGAGUGAUUCUAUUUUAAAUUUAAUAAAUACUCUACGAUAAUAUUUAGAUUCUAAAACAUGUUUAUUAACAAUUUCAUUAAUUUGUAUAUUUUUUAGAAUUCUGGUAGGGUUAGGUCCUUAUUCUGGUUACAAAUAAUCACCAAAAUAUGGAGAUUACGAAGCCUAAAGACAUUGGAUGGAACUUACAGUUAACUUAAAUCCAAAGGAAUGGUAUGUAUAAACAUUAGACAAUAGUUUUGACUAUUGGAGAAUAGAUUAUCCCCCUUUAUCUGCAUAUGUUAGUCUAAUUUUUGGUUAUAUAAGUUAAUAUUUAGAUCCAUAAUCUAUGAUAUUAUUUUAUAGUAGAGGUUAUGAAGAUUAUAAUCAUAAAAUAUUUAUGAGAAUGAGUGUUAUUGCUUGCGAUGUAUUAGUUUUCUUUACUAGUUUAUAUAAAGUUUAUUAAAUUGAAAUGUAGAAAUAUGGUUUUACGACUAGAAAUGCAUUGUUUUUUGUUGCUUUAAUGUGUCCGCCUUUAAUUCUUAUUGAUCAUGGACAUUUCUAAUAUAAUUGUUUUUUACAUGGGCUCACAUUAUGGGCUAUUUAUUUUUGCUGUAAAGGAUAAGUUUUAGUCGGGGGCAUUAUUUUUACUUUGGGUAUCAAUUUUAAAUAAAUGGGGUUAUAUUAUGCAUUAUCUUUUUUUUCUUUUAUUUUGGGAUAUCUUUCUUUUGAUUCUGGAUUUAAAAGUAGGGUUUUAAUUAUUUUUGUAGGUUUCGGAGUUAUUCUUACUACUGUUAUUCUAUGGAUUCCUUGGAUUACUAAUGGCUAUUUAUUAUAAUAAUUAAUUGAAGCAAUUUUUCCUAUUAAUAGAGGAUUGUAUUAAUUAAAAGUUGCAAACUUUUGGUGCUUCUCAAAUAUUUUUAUUAAAUGGAAUAAUUAUUUUAAUUAGCAAACUCUUGUUUACAUUUCAAUAUUUUUGACUUUAAUUUUGAGUUUACCUAGCAUGUUUGUUAUUUUAAAUAGACCUAAGUUUAAAUAUAUGAGAUUUUGCUUAUUUAAUAUAAGUAUGAGCUUUUUUUUUUUCGUAUCAUGUACAUGA